GCGAAAGAUGGCGGAACCCGAGUUGUUGCUGGACUCCAAUAUUAGGCUCUGGGUGGUUUUGCCCAUCGUUUUCAUAACUUUUUUUGUUGGUUUAAUCAGGCAUUACAUUUCCAUCCUACUACAGAGCGUCAAGAAGCUCACGGAAGAGCAAGUUUCCGACAGUCAAAUUCUAAUCAGAAGUAGAAUUCUGAGAGAAAAUGGCAGAUAUAUUCCAAAACAGUCUUUCCUAACACGGAAGUACUAUUUCAACAACCCUGAUGAUGGAUUUUUCAAGAAGACCAAAAGAAAAGUUGUUGCGCCCUCUCCUAUGACUGACCCCACAAUGGUGAUGGACAUGAUGAAAGGCAAUGUUACAAAUGUACUUCCAAUGAUUCUUAUCGGUGGCUGGAUCAACUGGACAUUCUCUGGUUUUGUCACAACAAAGGUUCCAUUUCCUCUGACAUUACGUUUUAAGCCCAUGUUACAGCAGGGAAUCGAGCUGCUCUCACUGGACGCUUCUUGGGUGAGCUCUGCAUCUUGGUACUUCCUGAAUGUGUUUGGACUCAGAAGCAUGUAUUCUCUACUCCUAGGACAAGAUAAUGCUGCAGAUCAGUCACGUAUUAUGCAAGAACAGAUGACAGGUGCUGCAAUGGCAAUGCCUCCAGAUACAAAUAAAGCUUUCAAGGCUGAAUGGGAAGCUUUGGAAAUCCUGGAUCAUCAGUGGGCCAUGGAGGAAGUGGAAGAAGAACUUAUGACCAAGGAUCUCAAUUUUGAAGGAAUGUUCAACAAGGAAAUAGACACGUCAAUGUUUUAAGGCACCUUAACCAGGGACCCCAGAUUAAACUUCUACCAUAAGUAGGUUUGUAGUAAGACAGAUAUUUCUCCUUGUCUUAAAAAUUCAGUUGAAAGCAUUAGAAAUGUCUGGUAAAGCUGCAAGUCACACAAACCACUAAUGUGAGAUUUUACUGUGAAUUUGAAAGCCAUCAGUGUAAAGAUUACUAGAUAAGAAUAGAUUGUAUAUUUUCUUGCAAUAUGUCAGGAAUUCUCUGUCACUGUUCAUUUAUAGAAGUAAAAGUUAUUUAGAAGUCCAAGGUGUCUAUGACCAAAUGUAUUGGAUCACUUUUUUUGUUAAAAGAAUUAUGAAGGGAAAAUAAAAAUUACUAUUCUCAUGUGGAUAA